AUGCAACGUAUUCUGCUACUCCUCCUCUUGUGGCUCUUCCUCCCUGCGGUUGCUCUACAUUCGAAUCGCAUUGUGACGGUGCCCAGCAAUGCGUCUACCGUGACCAACUCGAGCGCCCCCAGCGAGUUCCCCUCGACCGAUCGCUUCAUGUCAGGCGAUAGAGUGGGCUCUGUCCUUCACGCUGGAUUCUUCAGAAGGGAUCUGCUACAUGUGGCAAAGACGGAACCGAACUUUUCUUUCGACCGCGGACAUGUCACGAUCAAGAACGCUACGACGACUUUCCGCUGGCUGAACCGCCCCUACCAAUGGCACCUCAUGAAUGGAGCCCGGAACGCGGACACGUUCCGCUGUUUUUUGACGACUGGCGAAUUGCUCACGGUGUAUCCGGAGGAUUAUCGCAUCGGCGCGCUUUCGUUCGAGAACGGCGACAACGUCGAAUACGUCGCCUGGGAUUGCCUUGGCGGCGAAGAGCACUGUUGCGGAAUUGAAUGCUGCCCGGGCCGUGCCGUCACCUACACUCGCAUCUUCGCCGAGCCCAAACCCAAUCUAUGGAUACCGAUAGCGCUGGGUGCCUUCCUGUUGAUUGUCUUGUCCAUUGCGGUCAUCGUCGACUGCUUCUGCCGA